AUGAGAGCGGCGGCCGGGCGCUCGGGCGCGGCCAGGUGAGCUGCUGGUGGGGCGGGAGCGCUGCCUGCCUGCCCGCCUUCGAAGGCGCCCCAGUGUCCGCGAGGGAAGCGAGGCUGGCGGGGUCGGGUUGGGGCUGGGGCGGGUCCCCCGCGCAGCCUGGAGCUUCUCGGCGAGGCGGUGGAGGCCGGGACAAGCCGGGCUCCUCCGCCGACCCUCGCACAGAUCGGGCCUUGCAGGCUGGCGAGGAAGGGGAAGGAGGGAAGGAAGUUAGCGAGGGAUGGCGGCGCUCAUGCGUCGUCUAGCGCCGCCUCGCGGGACGAAACGGGCGCCCAUUUAGUGCCCCCACGCAGGACUCGGCUUGAACUCCGUGGGGAGACCCGUUUCCGAAGGAAAUGGCAGCUGAAAUAAACGGGCUGAUCCCCUGAGCUGAAGCCUUAAUGAUGAUGAUUCAUCCAGAUGCUGGUUAUUUGUGGCUGCUGGCUUGUGUUUAAAGUCUCUCUGGAUUUUGUAUUGUAUUCUGUUUUGUGAGCUGCCCUGACCUAUAAUGAGGGAAGGGCAAGGUGUAAAAUCUGUGUAAGAAACAAAGAAACAGUUCCUCCUAGAAUAUUAUUUGUUGUUUUUAAGCCCAUUGAUUUCAGUGGGUUUCAGUGAGCUUAAGUUUGAAAGGCAGACGUGCUAGUAAGUGCAUUGGACCUCACUGCUAGGAUGAAGCCACAAGGCGGCUCAUAUAUUUGGUAUUAAAGAAGUAUCUUAUUCUAUUAGCAAGUGUGGCUUAGUUUCUAUGCAAAUUCUGGCUGUGCUAGCAAUCCAAAAGGAAAAAAAAGAAGCCUGGAAACAGUACUGAAAAAUGAAGCUUUAUCAAGUAAUAAUUGUGCCCAAGCCUUUUGCUUGCUGACAGCCUUCUUCAGGGGUAUAAGAUUAAGGUUCUGCUGACAACAGAAAUUCUAGUCUGCUAUUUGCCCAUGGCAAAUGAGGAAGGAACAGGUCACACGCACACAAUCCAUUCCCCAAACAUCCUCAUAUGUUCAGAUCAUCAUCUUGACAAACUCUGCCUUAUCAGGGUUCAAGCAUUCAGACCUCUCUCUGCAACGCAGGAAGCUCUGAAGGGCUGUGGGCGCGUGCAGAGAUUUGGAGACAGGGUUUGCAUGUGCUUCCCAAGCCUUCUCCCGCAUGUGUUUGCCCAAAAUUCCUGAAGAAGGCUAAACAAAAGUUAGCUUGUCAUGGUAACCUUAAUCUCUGCUGCUGAAGAAGUUUGUCAUCAACCAAAUGUGUGAGGCAUUUUAAUUGUUUUAAUUGUUAAUUAAUUUAAUUGUUUUAAUUGUUUUAAUUCAACCAAAUGUGUGAGGCAUUUUAAUUUGUUAUUAUUUGAAAUAAGAUGGAUUUUUCAGUACAGUACCAUGUUUCUCUCUCUCCCUCUCUCUCUCUCUCUCUCUCCCCCUUUGAUUUGGGGGGCUGCCCCCAUUUCCCCCUUCGCUGAUAGUUGGGAAGGCAUUAAAAAUCCGGUGGAUGGAUAGCUAUGCUAAAAACGCCCUGGGAAGGACGUUAUUGGUUUUUGUUCAUCAUGCUACUUACCUAUGGACCUGCACUAAUGGGAAGACGUCAGUGAAUCUUGUGUGAAUUUUAUGUUAACAGUGUAGAUCCUCUGGCCUUUGUGCCUUAUUAGGUCUAUGAAUCUGUUUUCCUUAAGCCAUGGUCAUCUUCCCCACACUUAAUGUCAUAUAGGCUGUCAGAUGUGGCACAGGCAAAGUUGUCAUUGCAAAGGAAAAAACUGAGAUGCUUUAAGUGAGCAUUGGAUUGUUCCUUGGGAAGUGAAGCUUGUAUUCAGCAUCUUUCCUGCAUGGCUGAAUUUUUAUUUUGUGGGCUGGUUUUAAUUCAGGCCAUUGUGUGAAGGAAAUUAUCUCACCUGACAUUAUAUUAUUGUGGAAGGGACCACAACUCCUUUUGCCUCAAAGGGCUGUUGGCUUGUCAUGUGAAAGGAAGACAUGUAGUGCAAUUUAAAAUGUGUUUACUGUACUCAAAAUUGAGGCCCUGUGGUUUCAUUGCCACUCACUUCCUGUUACGUCUCUUCUUGUGAAAGGGAAAUGGUGAUUACUUAAACAUUACAGUAUUGUCUUUAGAUGUGUGAGUUUCACCAGAAACCAGGGUAUUUUCCUGAUGCUUUCAACCUUAUACCAAGCACCUCAUGUGAAAUUUUUUAAAAGUAAGCUUGGUGUUUAAUUAAUUUGAUGCCUUCUUAAGUGUAGUCUCAAACAGAGGACAGGAAUCAUUUUGUAGUAGAAGGGAUAUCUGUAGAAAUAGCUUAUGCUAGAAGUGUUGAGAUGCAGCUCAUUUUGUAUUAAGGCUGAAGAUAUUUGAAUGGGGAACGUCGAUGGAGAGAGAAAUCUCCAAAGGCUCCCUGCCUUCUUUCUCUCUGACAUCUGAAGCAGAGAUUAGACAUCUUCCUUUCGUAAUAUGCUUCUGCAGUCAUCAAAAUAUGAGCAGGUGUAGUUUAUGCUGCAAUUACUAACUUCUCUUAAUGUGGGGUCACUCACUGAUCAGAUUUAAAAAGAAAAUGGGACUGGCUGAUUUAGAGGACAAAGCUUUUGUCAGGGUGCAUCCACAAAUGAUAUUUAAAAUGGUGUUUACACAAUCCAGGGCACUCAGAUUAUUAGAAAAGUCAGCUAGUAAAAAAAAAAUGCACAACAGAGAGUCUCCCUUACCAUAUCAACUAGCAUACCAGCAAAGGGCAAAGCAAGUUAAGGGUCAGGAUACAAUCAUGCAGUAGAUAUUCCCCCCCCCCCCCCCAAUUUGGCUUAGUCUCAGAUUAGGGAAGGGAUUUGCAGUGGCAGGAGGGAUUCUGGAACCAAGUCUAGCUGCAUUGAUGAAAGAAUGGAGGAGUGUGGAAUUUCUCCCUUCUCACACUUCACAGAAAGAGAGAAAACAUUCCUGCACACACUUGGGUUGUCUAAGGAAUCUACACACAUGUACAGCUAACUUAAAACUGGACUAUGCUUCUAGCCAGGAACAGUUCAGGGGGGGAGAGAGACAAACAUUUAUUUUGCCACUUCAGUCUUUCCCAGGAAUUGCAUGAUGGUGUAGCUGCAGUUAACAGGUGUUGCAGCUUGCUGUGUGUCUGCUUCUCAAGGACAUCGCAAGGAACCAUAUCACUGGCCUACUGUGAAGGUAUUUACAAAAUGUUUGUCAUAAACUAGAGUAAAAGAUUACCUGUUUAUCAUAUGGGCUGAAUUUAGAUGUCAUGCUAAGCCAUUAACUAUGAUUAAAUAAACCCUGUGCACAAGCUCCAUGCCGGUGAAUAGAGCACUUCUGUUUUCUCCUUCCUUAAAUGAGUAGGAUCACAAACCACAUCUAAAGCCAUGCUUGAGAUUUAUUUAUCACAAGCAAAUCAACAUUCAGAAGCCAAGAACAAAGCUUAGGGUCAGAUCAUGGUUUGGAGAGAACUAAAUGUGCUGGUUCAAAAGUAACACAAAGCCAGUAACACCAUAGUUUGUAUUCUCACUUGACUGAAUGAGGAGUAAAGCAGGAGAGCUGAGCCUAUGAGUGCCGGUAUGACAUCUCAUGUACAGGAUCAUUUGCUGAACCAUAGUUAAUGACUUAAUAUUCUUUCUGAAUGUGGAUGUGUUUACCUGUUGUCCAAUUUCGUUGGUUAUUUUUACAUGCUGUGUUUCAAGCUGUUCCUGAACCCUAUGAAGGGGAUUGGCACAAGGUUGAUUUCCCAUUUGACAAAGGAGUACCUGUUUAAGGAAAAUCCCAAACUGUAUUGUGUGUACAAGAAUACUCCAAGCCUGCCAGUAACUUUGCCUCCUGAGAAGUCAGACUAAAGAUGUUACGCUGUAUUUUAGUGUUAACCGUUCAGGUUGAACAUUGUUUUUAUCUGAAAAGAGUUUCAUUUGAUUGCAGAUGCAAGAGUUACGUCAGCAGUAGGGAUCACCCAGUAG